AUGUCGUAUCACUUGUUACAGAGAGUUCAAAACAGAACCCUAUUCCAGCAGUUUGUAGCAAAGAAAAAGCAAAUGGAUAGCCAGAACCGGAAAGGCACACAGAAUGAGCGCAUGUUGUGGCAUGGUACAGCUCCUACUACUGUGGAUAGUAUCAACGCUCAUGGUUUCAACCGUAGUUAUUGUGGAAAAAAUGCUGUUGCCUAUGGAAAUGGAGUUUACUUUGCUGUGAAUUCUCAAUAUUCUGCUCAGCCACAAUACUCAGUCCAAGAUGCCAAUGGAUAUAAUCGAAUGUACCAGUGCCGAGUUUUGACUGGAGAAUUUACCAGAGGUCAAGGAGGUAUGAGGGUGCCCCCACAAAAGGGAAGUCAAGGUCAUAUCCUGUAUGACUCUGUUGUAGACAAUGCAACUGCGCCAUCCAUUUUUGUCAUAUUUCAUGACACACAGGCAUAUCCUGAAUACAUAGUCACCUUUUCCUAAGUACAGUUUUGUCAAGAGGAUGAAACUAUAGCAGUGAUCUAUUUAAGCUUGCCUCAGACCUGCUUCCAAAUUAAUUUUCAUUCAUAGUUAC